AGAAAAAAGUUUUAUAAGGGUAACAAGAUGGGCCUUGAAAAAAUGUUGGGUAAUUGGAUUAGUUGGGAAAUAUAUGGCCCGCCCGCCCGCCCGCAUUCGGGUUGUCACCACCUCGGUGAUCAACCCUCUUCUCCCCCAAAUCCCAAACUCAUCUCCGCUCCGUUCAUCAUCAAAUUAUAGGGUUUCAAAUCCCACCCGACCUGAGCAUUCUUGACUGAUUAGCUUUUUUGUUUGUUUUAAUAGUUUUGCGUAAAUACUUGUCCAUUCCAUUAUUCUCUAGAGAGUGCAAAAUUUUUGCAGUGUAGCGAUCGGAGAAAGAGAUGAAGGUCACAUCGGAUUCGUCCUCACCCGCUUCCCUUCCCAGAGGGAGGUUCCCGCCCGGGUUUAGAUUCCACCCUACGGACGAGGAGCUGAUUUUGUAUUACCUGAAGAGGAAAAUCUGCCACAGGCGGAUCUUGAUCGACGCCAUCUGCGAGACGGACGUCUACAAGUGGGACCCAGAAGACUUGCCUGAGCUGUCAAAAUUGAAAACUGGAGACAGGCAAUGGUUCUUCUUCAGCCCGAAAGACCGCAAGUAUCCAAAUAGAGUGAGGUCACACAGAGCAACCGAACAUGGAUAUUGGAAAGCGUCUGGAAAGGACCGGAUAAUUACUUGCAACUCUCGUUCUGUAGGUGUAAAGAAGACGCUGGUCUUUUACAAAGGCCGGGCACCAUCUGGUAUAAGAACAGAUUGGGUGAUGCAUGAGUACACCCUUGACGAAGAAGAGUUCAGAAGGUGCUGUUCUGCACAGCAGGACUACUAUGUACUGUACAAGGUCUUUAAGAAGAGUGGGGCUGGCCCAAAGAACUUUGAGAGUUAUGGAGCACCGUUUAAUGAAGAAGAGUGGGAGAAAGAUGAAGAUAAUGAUGUUGAAGAAAUUUUAGAUCAGGAGAAAGCUACGGAUCCCGUGAAUGAGGUUAUUGCUUUGAUCGAUAACACUAAAGAAACACCUAAUACUCAAUUUGAAUGCCCAGGAAAUGUUGAUAUCGAGGGAGUCUGGCUGAACACUACUGGAAAUGAGGCCCCACUUAUACAAGCCCUGGCCGCUGAUGAGGAGCCGCAAACAGGGGAGGAACAGGAUAGAGAAGGUAUUAUGCCAGAGCAAAAUGUUCUAACCCAUGUGACCACCACCUUACAACAACACGGUAAUGUGCAAGACAUUAACUUUGAAGUGACACAACCACCUCAAGUGGUGUUGCAGAAGGAGGCACCUCAUGUGGUCACAUCUUUAACUGCUUCCUGCCCGGAAAAGACUCAAGAUUUGGCAGGAGUGGAUCUCCUUGAAGAUUUUCUGGAAAUAGACGAUCUUACUGCCGGGUUCAAUGGGGAGCAAGUGCAGAAAUUGGACACUCAACUGGUUGAUUGUUUUGACGGAUUGGGUGGACUUGACAUGUAUCAAGAUGCUGCAUCAGUGUUUCUUGAUGAUGAUGGUGUGGGGGGGACAAUGGAAGGCUGCGGGCAGGCUGCUGCUACUGAACCACCACACCAUGUGAACAACAAUGCCAUUGUAAACCCAGUUUCCACUUUCUUUAGUGACUUUCCUGAACUGGUUGUGAACAACAGCCAGCAGCAAUUCUAUUUCAACAACGAGGGGAAUGGAGUCAGCAAUCACCACAUGUGGAUGCCGCAUCAUAAUCAUCAGAGCCCCCAUAUCUUGUCCACCUCUCAAGCAUCAAUCCAGGGGGGCAUCCCUCCAGGUGUAAAUUACAAUAACAACUAUCUCAUGCCGGGAACCGUUCAAAACACCAGACAGGAUGAUGACCCUGCAGUAACAAACUCAAGCUUCUCGGCUGCUCUAUGGGCUUUCUUGGAAUCAAUACCCACAACCCCUGCCUCGGCUUCAGAAAAAGCUAUGGUGAUUAAUACGAGCACCACAUUUGAACGGAUGACUAGCUUUGCGAGGUUGAAAAGGAAAAAUGGCAAGAGCGUGAAUGUCCUUGUAGCUGCAGGUACUACUACUACUACUACGACUACUACUAUUACUACAACAAAAAGAAAUCCAAGGGGCAGCGGUGGAUUUCUUUGUUUUUCUUUGCUUGGACUGCUAUGUGCCAUGUUAUGGUUAUUCUUUGCACCUUCUUUUGACGGCGUUGCGUUGCUUAGCUGACGUCUAUAUUCUUCUUCUUGAAUAUAAAACAUAAAUAUAAUUGUAAAUGGGAUGUUUGCAGCGAUUAUAAUAACUUUCAAUAGUAGUC